AUGCGAGACCACAUUUCCAAGCUGAACGAAAGAAGAAUGACGUCUUUUAUGGUUCAGGGACAACAGGUCGUGGUAGUCGGAGGUGAGCGUGAGAGUUUGUGUGUUUUGACAAACCCCCUUUGUAGAAUCCUGUUUAUGCACCUAAAGGUCUGCGGUGAGAACAAGAGGUUUUUUAAAUUGCUCAAAUCAGCCGUGUAUCUGAGAAGAUUGAAACGCGUUGUAGUGGAUGAAACACAUCUCAUCAAGGAAUGGUAAGUCUAUUAAGCUUACGUUCUUUUAAUUUUCAGCUUCCUAUUAAGACUAAAAAUGUUACGCUUAUAUUAAAUGUUAAAGGUGGAGAAUUUUCUAAGGUUGUGUGUCUCCGGUUAGGAAAAGACUGAAGGGUACGAGCAGAAAAAAAUCAUACUACACAUCCACCUGGGUGAAUGAUAAAUUAGGUGUCAGAUCGAACCAUGCAUUUCAAUACACGUUAUUAAUUGCCGUAAAAAGCCAUAGCUACCUCAUUCAUCCUUUUCUGGUAUAUAUAUAGUUAUUCUGCUCCAAAAGAAAUUUUAAGCCAUACACUGUGGUCAUGACCCAAUUGUCCAUUCCGUUGUUGCCAUUAUAACAAGGCGUAAACGGCAUCUUGGGCGAUAAAAACAAAACUAGUGAAUCAGAUCAGUGUUAAUAGAUUUAUUGUUGGGUUGCUGAGAUUUCAUUGGUUAAUUUGGAGUAGCUGGUGUCUAUUCAUUUCGUAAUGUAGACUUUGCAUUUAUUUGAGGAAGACACCUUGCUCUUUCUAUCGGAAGGUAAGUUAUGGCUCAAAGCCGUAUACCAAGUAGUGAUUUUUGUGUCUGAAAUUUGCCAAUUUUAUGUCUGACAAAAAGUGGUAAAAUAAGUAAAAUAAUUAAAAAUCCGAAAAAUAUUAGAUUUGCUGUCGAAUAGGAAAUUUCACAUCGAAACUAUUGGUUAAGUAGGGCUCUCUCUAUUAAGAUUUUCAGAGGCAGACUUUCUUACUUCUUUAAUUUUUAAACGAUUUUUAAGUAAUAUAUGGUCUUGAGCCCGUGAAAACUGAUCUGAGAGCCGCCGAACCGACUCGGUCGUCGUACACGUAAAAUAAAAAUCCAAUCGAACUAAAAGUUAUUUUUCUAGAAAUAGUUUACCUAGACCUAUAUUCUGACAAAGUUUGGGGAUUUUCGAUGUUUUCAUUUUGCACACCCCCAGGCGAUAUUUACGGACGGCCGCUCUUAAUAUGUACAAGUGUAUUUUUCCUUAUCUGAUAGGAAGCAGUUCAGACCAGCAUAUGGAAAGUUGGACAUUUUAAGAGAGAGUCUCCCUAAAACCGGUCCACUGCGUUUCGGGUCGGAAAAUCAAUUUCCUUUAAACUUUGCCCAUGAAUAUAUCUUAGUCCAAAAGUAAUUGAAACCGCAUUAGUUUUUGAAAAUAUUUCAAAAUAAAAUUUUUCGGGGGAAAAAUCACUUCAGCAUCCGGCGGCCAAAUUUUUGCAGUGACAAAGAGUGAAAAUAGCGUAUGUUGCCGAGUUCACCACUUCAAAGUUUUGCACUUUCAACGAUUUUUUUCACUUCCUAGGAUUAAAUUGGUCCUUAAAUGAUGUAAAGCACACAAUUUUGGUCCUUCAAAAGCAACUCACCUCUACUAAAUAUUUUUUGAUUUACACCCACUUUGCCGUAGGCGGGAAAGGGCUCAAAAAUGCAUAUUUUCAUCCUAGCACUGUGCAAAAUCCCCACAUGUUCUAAACAAAUUGUCUUUUCAGACCAACAAAGGGAAUGUCCAAAAACAUAGAAACAUAAAAAUGUGUUGUGAUUUUAACGAUUUAUCGGCACAGCCGAUCGACGAAAUAUGCCUAUUUUCUGUUAUGACUGUUUACAAUACACGAUGGAAGGUCUUAAUGCAGAGCCACAAUAACACAAUAAUUCAGUCAAUGUAUCAAGUAUUUUAAACUGUUUGUGACUUUUCAAACAAUAGAACAUCAUUUAGGAAAGGAAACCGUUUAAGCCGAACGCAUUAAUACUACAGGUGUACCUGUUUACAGUGCUUGAUCCGAUCGAGUCGUCUUCGCUGUGUACACGAAACUGAUAUCACAUGAUGGCGCUUGUCACGCAUUCCUAUAUCUGGAAUCGUUACGCCACGAAAACGUACUUUGCUAGUCUGACUAAAAUUGAAAGGCAGGAAAUUAUCUUAUCAAUAGAGUAUUCUAUUAUAUUUAUUGCUGUUUUCGUCGACAAGCUACAAAAUCAAGAAUCAUGCAUGCAUAAGUGCCUAGUGCAUUAACAAUAGUAACUUUUUAGUUUUCCAGGAACAGGCUCCUGUCCAUUAAGGUUAGCAUAUAUAAAACAAUUGGUUUUCAGGUCUUAUCAAGCUCCCCGACUCAGGGUGGGGCUGGGGAUAGGGGUGGAGUGUGCUUGCUGGCAGGAGGUCCGCUAGACUGUUCACAGUCCUCUAUGUUUCCGUAGAUUCGUCGGGAUCAAGCACAUUCUUUAACAGGUGGCAAUCUGCGUUUCAAAUGUACCGGGUUUAGCUUGGGGAUGACUAUAAAAUCUACUUUUGGGGCAGCGGACCCAAGAAGGUCGCACAUCUGGACGAUUUUACAGAAAUAAAAGGGACAGUGAUCAGUCUAGUGGCCCGGAAGCAAACAUCCCCUUGCUAUUAUUCUAGAACAAAUACUGUAUCUUUGAAAUUAGGUUACCCUGUAUUUAUAACUGGCAUGGUGGUUUACCUCGUUUAGCGCUAUCGAUUUUGACUCUAUUCCUUCCGUUUCUGGUUUGACUAAUAUCUUGUACACUAGCUAAUAAUCACUAGUAGUUUUAGCCAGGGCUAAAAGCGCAGCUCUGACUUGUUAAUAUACUCAAAGCUGUACGCCAGAAAAAAAAAAUUAAUAAAAAUCGUGUAAUGCUAACCGGUGACGGCAACGAGAAUGCAAAAAAAAUCAAUAGGGCUGAAGAGCGAAAAAAAACUUUGCACGCAGUGCAGCACAUUUUUUUGUACAUUUCUUUGCCAUUGUUUUUCAGUACGACUUCAACGUACGUUAAACUUCCUAGUUGCACGUUUUAUGGAGGAAAAAUCGUAUACAGGGAGGUAUGUUCCUACGUUCCAUUUUUUUUUCACUGCCGCUCAUUUUAACCUUGCUGGCCGCUAACAUUUGUCAUUUUCUCAUUGCAGCUUUGAAUUUUUCAUGUUUUUGUCUUCCGCAAUGAACUUCGUCUCCUUUCUUUUUGUUUUUGUUGUUGUUUUCUCUUUCGCUCUAGCUCUUUCUCUGUUAUCGGCGUCAGUGCAGUGUUAUAAGGGGGGAACAGCCGAACGCACGAUCACGUGAUUACCAAAUUUUGUCGCGUCUACAGGUUACCAUUUUUUCUUUCGCGAGAGCUUCGCGAAUACUCAUUCUCUAUUACGAAAAGUGGUUAAUUAUUAAUAGUGCCAUAUUUUCAAAUUCUUGUCCCGUUAUUGCUGAAAUGCACCUAUUAAGCCAGCGAUUUCCCUGAAGGGCAGUGAAUUCACAGUGAGCCCGCGGAAGAAAAGUGAGUAAUUUAAUAUGCUGGGUACAAACUCACCGAGGUAGAGUCGUUUUCCUUCUUCUCGCGUCUUUUCCAACAGUCUUUUUCACUACGCAAGAGCACUCUACAACCAUUCCAUUACAACCUUUUGAAGAAGAUGAGAUUUCGAGGUUCUUGUGCCAAAUGAAUUUUUGGGGUGAGACAGUUCUUCAUAUUUACGGUUAGCAAACGUACUAGAAUGUUUGAACUGUAGAUGAAAAGUAAAGUGUUCUUCAUUCAAUCUAAAAAAGGGUCAAUUCAUAAAAAUAGAUAGUGACUAAUUUGGGAUCGCGAAAAUUACAUAUUUGCCCAAAAGUGGCUAAGAUGGGGUCUAUAAUUGGCCACAGAAUAGACUAUAAUGGGGUUGGGGAUGUGCCGCUGGGACCCUAGAACCCUUACCAAACUUGAACCCAAGUACCCCCACCCCCCUCCCCGGGUUGUUAAUGCACUAUAGGCACCUAUGCAUGCAUGAUUCUUGAUUUGUAGCUCGUCAACGAAACAGCAAUAAAUAUAAUAGAAUACUCUAUUGAUAAGAUAAUUUCCUGCCUUUCAAUUUUAGUCAGACUAGCAAAGUACGUUUUCGUGGCGUAACGAUUCCAGAUAUAGGAAUGCGUGACAAGCGCUAUCAUGUGAUAUCAGUUUUGUGUACACAGCGAAGACGACUCCAGCGGGUCUUACAUGAGAUACUAACCCUGUAAACAGGUACACCUGUAGUAUUAAUGCGUUCGGCUUAAACGGUUUCCUUUCCUAAAUGAUGUUCUAUUGUGUCAAAAGUCAUAAAAAGUUUAAAAUACUUGAUACAUUGACUGAAUUAAUGUGUUAUUGCGGGUUUGCAAUAAGACCUUCCAUCGUGUGUUGUAAACAGUCAUAACAGAAAAUAGGCAUAUUUCGUCGAUCGGCUGUGCCGAUAAAUCGUUAAAAUCACAACACAUUUUUAUGUUUCUAUGUUUUCGGACAUUCCCUUUGUUGGUCUGAAAAGACAAUUUGUUUAGAACAUGUGGGGAUUUUGCACAGUGCUAGGAUGAAAAUAUGCAUUUUUGAACCCUUUCCCGCCUACGGCAAAGUGGGUGUAAAUCAAAAAAUAUUUAGUAGAGAUGAGUUGCUUUUGAAGGACCAAAAUUGUGUGCUUUACAUCAUUUAAGGACCAAUUUAAUCCUAGGAAGUGAAAAAAAUCGUUGAAAGUGCAAAACUUUGAAGUGGUGAACUCGGCAAUAUGCGCUAUUUUCACUCUUUGUCACUGCAAAAAUUUGGCCGCCGGAUGCUGAAGUGAUUUUUCUCCCGAAAAAUUUUAUUUUGAAAUAUUUUCAAAAACUAAUGCGGUUUCAAUUACUUUUGGACUAAGAUAUAUUCAUGGGCAAAGUUUAAAGGAAAUUGAUUUUCCGACCCGAAACGCAGUAGACCGGUUUUAAGGAGACUCCCUCUUAACCAGUAUUUUUCCAGAUAUUCCUCACAUUGCUUUAACUAAGCGAC